CUCUCGGUACUCACUCUCGUCAUUAAUGCGCGGUUCCAUACGGCAAAGAUAUCAAGUUGAACUUAAUUCAAAAGUAAUAUUUUUCUAAAUUUCCUUUUUUUUGAGUGCGUAAUAGUGCAAAUGGAGAUGCUACUUACAUUUUCUUUAGCGCUCUUUUUAAUAGCGUUUCAGCAAUUAUUGGCGACAGAUCCAAUCGAAUUUCACGAAAUCCCUCAAGACAUACAUUUGAACCAGCAGAAAAGACGACUCUCACUGCAAAACACAGCGGAGAUCCAGCACUGUCUGGUGAAUGCUGGGGAUGUGGGCUGUGGCAUGUUCGAAUGCUUCAACAACAACUCGUGUGAAAUCCAAGGCCUACAUGACAUCUGUAUGACAUUUCUGCACAAUGCCGGCAAGUUUGACUCCCAGGGGAAGUCCUUCAUCAAGGAUGCCCUGAAGUGCAUGGCCCACGGCCUGAGGCACCGGUUCAGCUGUGUGAGCAGGAAGUGCCUGGCGGUUAACGAGAUGGUGUUCCAGCUGCAGCGAGAGUGCUACGUCAAACACAACCUUUGUUCUGCUGUCAGGGAGAACGUCAACGUCAUGGUGGAGAUGAUCCACUUCCAGGACCUCUUCCCCAAAGGGCCUCAUGUGGAGCUGGUGAACAUCCUGCUGGGCUGUGGCGAGGAGGUGAGGACGGCCAUAGCACGGAGAGUGAGGAUGCAGUGUGAGCAGAACUGGGGGGCCCUGUGUGGCAGCCUGAGCCUGUGCUCCCUGGGCCGCUCAGAUGACCCCCAACACAUCACCAUCCCUUCCGCCACUCUGCAGGGCAGGAGCACACUGCCCCCUGCUGGCCAGCUCUCCCUCCCCAACACCGAACAGGACCAACCAAGAACAGACCAGCAAGGAGACGAGGGGAGCCUUCACCCCUCAGAGUCUCGGUCAUAAUCCCCUGGAUGACGCCACAGACCCUGGGCUCGCUGUGCCCAGUCAAGCACCCAGUACCGCCGUCCAGGGGUGAAACUGAGUGCAAGGUCCCUAGCCUGAACACACAACAGAUUAGCCCCUAACCUCUGACCCACAUUUCCCCUCAAGCAACCCUACUACAGACUACCUCUGACCCCCUUUCCCCUCAAACAACCCACUACAGAUGACCUCUGUUGUAAACAAGGGAGAGUAAUGACCCUGUACCAUGCUUCUCCAUUCCUACUCUCCUAAAUGGUACAGGUGACAGGGUAUGUUUGGUAAGAUGUAGAUUUGAGGCCUUGUUUUUCAGUAGUUCCUUAAUUGUUUUAAUUAUAAGUGAUAUUUGAAACGUAUUUUAAAAUAACAUUGAUUUCAUUUGAUUCCUUUUAAAAGUAAAUCAUGGGCAUAUCAAACUUACAGUAUAAACAACUUAUACAGAUUCAGGUAUCUAUGAUUUCAGUAAAGAUUUAAGAGUUUGUCACAGCAAGGACUCUAUUGGAACUGGUGUGAAGUUGUCUUACACUUCUUCCCAAAAUUGUGACUGCAAUAUUCUAGGUUUAGCUAGACUAACUUGGUAUUACACACAAAGUUAUGACUUAUAGUUUGAUAAAAUAGGUUUUAAAGAGACAAUACCCUUAAUUAAACUCACAUCUUGGAUGGCUGACUCGCUCCAGGUCCUAUUUUUCUAGGUAUCCAGAAGUUGAGGUAAAUUAUAAGUAAACGGUCUAUUGUGUUUUACAUUCUGUCAACUAGUUUCAAUACUGCAUUUGUUUGAACCAAAUACUAUCGCUACCGUAAAUAAACUUGUGUAGAGCAUUGUGCUUACGCAAGCUGUCAAUGUUUCUGCGGAAACUUUUAUUUGCAGUACAACAGUGAACCGUACAACUCAAUGUCACAUCAACUCUGCAAAGAGUUGAUCAGGAAAGCUCAGUAUAAAGAAUUCUCACGACCAUAAACUCAAACAUGGUAAUGCGCGUUCACUCAAAGGCAAACAUCAGGAAACCUCAGGUCAAAACAAUGAGACCCAUCAAAAUGUAUUAGUUAAAUGGAAUGUUGUGAGUCUUAGCCUGUUCUCACUGAGGCCUUCACUAAUAUGUAUCAGGGUCUACUGCAAUGCAUUUCAACUUUUUUUUUUUCACACAGGAUGACCACAGAAUGUCUUGUCAAACAUUUUCAAAUCUGACACUUUGAAUGUUUUUACUAGCUUUUUAUCCAGCUAGCUUGUUUAGUAACCUCAUCAAAAGUACUCCAAGGAACCUACCUCACCUCUCACCAGUCCCGCCAGCUCUAGAGAUGUUUGAUACUGGACACAUUGAGGACAUUGAACUGGUAUGAACACAACAGACACUCCGCUAUCUCACACGGUUCAUUUUUUUUUUUUUUACACAUUUUGUACGGUUGGCUUGUAUGAUGUGGAUUUUCUUUUGGUAUGUCAGUUGUGCAUGUGUAAGAUGAGCAUCAACUGCCCUCUACACAACUUCUGUCAGUACUAUCAGCUACAUGUAAUCAAGUGGAUGACUGCGUUCACAGACUCUGUACUUGAAAACACCAACUUAUUUCUUACGAAGUUUGUUUGUACUCUGAUUCAAUGUCUGUAUUUAACUUGUAUUUAUUUUGACUACUUUUCUUAAGCUAUGCAUUACCUUUUUUGUUGUUUAUGGUUAGGCCUUGAUACAAGCGAACUACCAUUUUAUACAUCACUUUUCAUUUGAGUUAUUUUGGACUUUAAACAUUUCGGAUACUUUGCCAUUUUAAAUCUAUGACAAUGCAUUGUAAUCAUUGUAUAAGCAUAUUGUUGAAUAAACUAACAAAUUCUACUAGUUGGCUUGAA